CAUUGUUUAGGAUCAGCUGUGCAUGGAUCUGAAACCCCACCCAAUGAGGAAGGACAAACCAUAGGGAGGAACAGGGGCUGCAAGAAAACAGAGCGGAUAGCCUUUCACGAUAGUGUCGUUCAUCACAAGGCAGUACCAGACAACGUUUAAUAGUGACGAUUGUUUGGCGUUUUCAGCUAAAUCUUCUCCCAGGAAGAGGAAGGAAGGCUACACUGCAACAUUUCUCCUACGGGGCGCCGCGCCAGCGAAGCUAGUCAGCUGAUAUUUCGUUAGCAAUUUCCAGCGAGCGGCGACAAGAUGAUUGCCUUGAUUAACAAGCUAUUGGACUGGUUUAAAGCGCUGUUUUGGAAGGAGGAGAUGGAACUGACACUGGUUGGUUUGCAGUACUCGGGGAAGACCACCUUCGUUAACGUGAUUGCGUCGGGGCAGUUCAGCGAGGACAUGAUCCCCACCGUGGGCUUCAACAUGAGGAAGAUCACCAAGGGCAACGUCACCAUCAAGCUUUGGGACAUCGGUGGUCAGCCUCGAUUCAGGAGUAUGUGGGAGAGGUACUGCCGUGGAGUCAGUGCUAUUGUAUAUAUGGUGGACGCUGCUGACCCUGAGAAGAUCGAGGCCUCUAAGAAUGAGCUGCACAACUUGCUCGACAAACCCCAGCUGCAAGGCAUUCCAGUACUUGUCUUAGGAAACAAGAGAGACCUUCCGGGUGCCUUGGAUGAGAAGGAGCUGAUUGAGAGAAUGAAUCUGUCUGCGAUUCAGGACAGGGAGAUCUGUUGUUACUCCAUCUCGUGCAAGGAGAAGGACAACAUUGACAUCACGCUACAGUGGCUGAUUCAGCACUCAAGGACCAGGAGAAGCUGAACGCCCUCUGUGUUCAUCCCCACCUCUCCCUAACCCCUGGAGGAACCACGUCUGUUGUACACACGCACACCCAAAUACACACACUUACAUAUGCACCCACACACACACAGACACACACUCAUAUACACACACACGAACCCACACACACACACACGCACACACACACACACAUACUCCUGGGCCUGUUCGUUUAUAAAAUAGUAACACCCCAACCCCUCACUACCCCUUGCAAUCGGCCUCAACCCUCCCCCAAACCCAGUCCACCCAUGAUGACACCCUCAGCCAAGCUCCAUUCUUGUUGUAAAGACAUUGUAAGAAAUAUGAUUUGCACUGUUUGUUUUUGUAGUUUGUUAUUUUUUAAAACAUACGCAAUUUUUAUUUUUUACAAGUGACUCUGACUGGAUAACAUUUUGCCUCUUUUGGAAAGUCGCUGAUCAAAAUCAACUGCUAGAUGUUGUUUACCUUCUAUAUUUUGCGCUUAUUUUUCUGGUGAGGAUUUGUGUGUUUGUUGGCUAUGGAAGAUGAUAUUUCUCUUGUCGGAUGGAUGGAUGGAUGGAUGGAUGGAUGGAUGGAUGGAUGGAUUGUUUGUAUUUUAGCUCCCCACCCCUUCCGAUUUAAACAAUCUCAACACAGUGACUCGCGUGGCUUAAUGUGCUUUCAGCGGCACCUCAAGGUCGUCUGGUUUGGUGGCCAUUUUGAUGGUUCCACUUUCAUUUCCACAGAGAAGAGGAGCAAGGUCAUUCUGUUAAGUGGCCAGGGUUAGGGCUAGGUUGGAGGCUUUGACCUUGCAGCCAGUGUUGGUGACUCUUAUCGCCAGCUCUUCCCUCUCAGUGGGAAGAAAGUUCAUCAGCUCUGUCUUUGAUAGGCGUUGGUUUUGAAAGUUUUGUGUGCACGUAUAUGUGUUUGUGUGUGUGUGUGUGUGUGUCGACGGGCUUCAAACCAUUUUAUGGUGGACUUUUCUGGUAGAGUGGUGCAAAACGGAUGGUGGUGUGAAGGAGCAAUUUCCCCACCAAUUCCCCAGAGUGUGACGUCUCCUCAUAACGCUGGAGAUGUUGUCUUCUUGGGCACCUACAAGUAGAGAGAACUUGGUGCAUUGUACUGUACAUUCGCCUUUUUGGUAAGCAACUUCAAAACAGUCAUAAUAUCUUCUAUUACUUCUUCAGCGAGGUACUGUACUUGCAUGCCACAAAGCCCACACCUUCCAAUCCCCACUGCUCCCCUCCAUGUCCACCUGGCUUUUAAUGUUACUCGGCAGAUACAUGGAGCAGCCUGAAAAACGCAGUGUGUGAACUGUGUAUUCUGCUUUCUCUUACUUAGCUGUAAGCAAAACGCUUGUAUCAUGAACUGAAUGAAUGAAUGAAUGAGUGAGUGAUUGAUCGCUCUUUUAGCUUGACCUGAACCAGGCUUUUGAAUAAUAAGAUGCAUUAUGUGUGUGUGUGUGUGUGUGUGUGUGUGUGUGUGUGUGUGUGUGUGUGUGUGUGUGCGCGUGUGUGCGCGUGCGUGCGUGCGUGCGUGCGUGCGUGCGUGCGUGCGUGCGUGCGUGCGUGUGGUCUUGGUGGACCUAGCCAUGGCCUAGUCAAUGGAGCGUGUAAAUGACAAGCAAGGAACUGAAGGGGGGAAAGCACAUGAGUGUAGAUCUCCUGAGGCUAUCCUGAACCCUCUCUGUAGCUUUUGUUUGAUUGUUCUUUUGUUGUAUUUACUGCGUUGUUGUCCAAAUAAAAUAAUAUGAUAUGUACAGUCCCAAGACCAUUUGAAUCAAAAUUGAAUGAGGAUGAUCACAAUUAUCAGAAUCGGCAUGCUUGUCAGUUAUUAAAUUACAUUAUAUUAGAUCACUGAAGUCCCAUAUAUUUUGGGCCUGCAUAAUGUGUGUGGUUGCAUAUCCCCUUGUCAUUAAAGCCAUAGCUUGUGCUUUUUAAAGCCUGUUUGGAUGGUUCCUUCAUUUCUAAAUCCCCUGCACCCUUCCCCUUUAUUGGAUGCAGUUUGCAGGGAGUUUGUGAGGGCCCUGGUUCAGAGGCUUGUGCUGAGUUGAAUGAAGCGCACAUAUCCGGCAUGGUGUUUCUCUUUAGACAUUCCUGUAAUAGGGGAAAGCUUGGAUCUUUUUUAAUGAAGUUCUGUGCGUGGUCUUGGUCUAGGAGCCUCAAACCACGCUGCAGAAUUUUCAACCAUGGUGUAGGACCUUCUAACCAAGGUGUUGGACCUUCAAAGCACCCUGUCCAUGUUUUAGAUUGCUUAAGCAGCUCUGCAGUGCUGCCUGAGUAACGCUGAAUGCCAAUUGUGACUGGCUCAGCAGCCAAAAAGCAGGGCAGGAGUGAAAGACUAGACAUCACUUGAGGUGGACCUUUUGCGUUGAUUUGGGUUUAUUUUGCCACGUUGGUUGUUGGUAUGCAGUGGUCUUAGCGUUUGGCUGAGGUUGCAGUACUUGCUUUCACGGCCUUCCGGUCCAUGUCUUAUUCGAGUAUGGCUACAGAAUGCAUUCCUGAACUUAUGUGAUGGCUGGUCCUGAGGUCUGUAGAGCCACUCACCGCCCAAACCCCUCCAAUUCACACCCGCACGCACAACCCCCAUACUCUUUCUAACCCCUACCACAAACCAGCAGCUCCAGUAGUGGUCAAGGCAUUCUUUCUUCUGUCAUUUUUUUUUUUUUGCCAUUUGUUUAUAGUACGUGCCAGGCUUUUUGUACAUUGCACACAUAACAAUACAUCUAAUACAUGGGUGUGCUGCUGGACGGGAUCACUGGUCUCUUCUCUGGCUAUGAUCUUAGUUAAGCAUGUCAUGGAAGGCAUCAUGGAUACACAGUACACAGCGUCCCCAUAAUUCUGUUCUUUUGCCAGUUGCCUUUUUACAGUUUAUUUUUUAAAUACAACAUGUACUGAUCUAGCUCAUCUUGUUGGGAGGGUGUACUGUGUCAAAUUCAGUUUUUUUUAAAGGGUACGUUUCCGUUACACGUUAUACAUAUGUACAUUUGCAACAAAAAAAUACACAAAUGAAGAAUCAAACCUUUUGGCAUGUUUUUGAAGAGUUUCUAUUUGCGCUCUCUCUCUCUCUCCGAUGGGAUGUACAUAGCAACUUGGAACCAAAUCAUUAAGCCCUCCUCCUGUCUGUUCAAGUCCUUUGCGUUAUCGUGAAACCUGUGUGCAAAGAAAAGCAUAUGUACAUAUAUAAUAUAAAAACCUAGAUCAUUUUUGUUAGCUUUGUUGACUAAGGACUUGGCUUGGGUGUGUGUGGGUAGUAGGGGGAUGACCUGUCGUUUCAUUACAUAAGGUGGAGGGAUCCACUGUGUUUUUACCGGUGACAUGGGGGGUCCUUGUGAAUUGGACAGAGUUAAGUCUGUUAUUUACUUAGAUGAUGGCUGGACUCCUCGGACUGUGUGUCGUCACCUGUGGACAUGGCAAUGGCACUGCAUGCAGGCAGCCAGUCUGUCGUGGUCUCCUUGUUGCUAGCAAAGCAGUGGGGCUGAGAUGGCGACAACAAAUGUCACAGACAGCACAAUAUGUUUUUCACGGCUCUCUUGCUCUUCCUGUUGCUCUGUAUGUCUCUCUGGCUCUGGAACAAUUUUGAGACGCACUUUUGACUCAAUGUGUAAGUAAAGCAGAAUGUUCAGGGCACAGAAUGAAUCAUGACUCUCAUUUUGUGGAUUUGAUAUGUGGAUUUGGCAUGUUCACAAACCUCAUGCCGAUUCAAUGUAAAUGUUGUUCAUAAUCAAAUAAUCCAAGAUAUUAUUGAUGUGCUGUGACAUUAGAGCACAGGAUAGGUCUAAGGGUGCUUUGGCUGGCAGAUGUGGAUCACGAUAAUACUCUGCUCACCUUCAGGUGGCAGUGUAGGUCAUGUUUUGAGCAGUGCUAUUGAGUUAAUAUCAGUCCAUGCCUUCAGUCCCAUUAUGUCCACAGGGGUCGUUACACUUUUGAACAUAUUUUCACUAACUGAGCUCUACUGACGUUUCCAGCUUCUUCAGCAGAGCUUCAAAUUGGCCUUUUUUUGUUUUCCAUCAUUUUUUGUUUAGUUUUUUUGUUUUUCAUGUUUAUACAUUUAAGCUUCUUUUGUAUAUUGUUUUUUUCUUCUUUGAAAUGAAAGUUAUUUCAGAAAGGUGUUUGCAAAAAGUUGAAAACUUGACAAAAAAAAGUAACGUUUGGCUGUGGCCUUCGUCCAGCAUGCGUUGAUCGAUCCAUGUUGGGCGAAGACAUUGCAGGCUUUGGGUGUUUUUACUCUGUCUCACUAAUACCCGUUGAUUUAAAAUGUGAUUCUCUCUGAUGAUGUUUUGGAGGACUGGUGAGCAGCACACUACUAGAGUCAGUACAGUACUUGGUUUUAUCCAGCGCUUGCACCAUGGGAUGCCUGAAGAUGCACCAUGACCUGCAGCAUGACGUUAUCAGUCCAAAAAACUCAUAACACAACUGUCCCCUUAGAAAAAAAAAACAAGAAAGAAAAAACUGUAUGUAUUCUAUGUAUUAAUGAGAAAAAAUAGGCUGUUCCUUGCUAUCUUUAUUAUAACUUUUUUUUUUCUUUUGGAGAAUAACUUUUUAAAGAAUUGUUGACAUGAUGAUGAUAACACGUGUUUCUGUAUAACUCCUUUGAAGAAACUUUCAACUGAUGAAAAAACAGGUGACUUUUAUUUUAACUCUUUAUAUUCCUUCGUCCCUCCAGUGAGAACUGUACAUGUUGCUAUUGUUAUCUUGAAAUAAUUUAAAGAUGAAGAAUAAAUAAUUUCCCACUCAAUGGA